CACUCUCUCCACUCCCAGACUCCCAGUCCACUCACGAUGCCAGAUCUCGACGAGUCACCCAUUCCACCCCCUCCGCUCUCGCCCCCACAGCUGGCGACCUCGUCUCGCACCGCCGCCUCCUCUCAUCCCCUCCCCAGCUCCCCUCCACUCAUCCGACGGCGACUAGAUGCGCACACAACCAGCGACCAACAUCACACAAAGGUCGCCACCGCCGGCGGUGGAAGGACAGUCUUCUCCCGCCGCUAGCCGCAGCCUCCGCCUCGCCCUGAUCCUCGGCCUCCUCGACCGCCGCUCACUCUCCUCGGAAGCACCUCGCCGCCUCCCUGCCCAUGCCGUGUUCGCCGACUGCCCUGCUCGCGCUGACCUCGCCAAUCUCGCGGCCGCGCUUGGUAGUGCUCGACUUGUCCUCGCCGCCGCCAGCGGCGACGGGUCCUUGCCGUGCCUCUACCGCCUUGUGGCCGUUUCCUUUGUCGAGCCUGCCGUGCCAGCGACAUGAGCAGGAUGGUGUACCGGCUUCACAGACAUGUGGCCGUCGAGGCUUCGGAUGAGGUCGACGCGGAUGAGAACAGUCCAUAGAGCCGUACCAGGCAGAACAAGCUGUUCCACGCAUGGGGUCUGAUUACAAUAUUUUCGGAGAUGCAUAAUAUGCCAAACACUUCUAAAGGUGCCUCGUCCAUGGGCGCAUGAUAGUGGAAAAACAUCUGUAAAUUGUGCAGGAUCCUAUAGAGCAAAUGGGCAUCAUCGACGUGCAGUACACACUCUCUUAGGCAGAUAAGUAACCUCAGACAACUUAUUUUGUGAAGAUCGGUGGUUCAUGGUCUGAAAGUUUUGUUUUUCUCUCUAAAUUUUGUACUUAGAUAAUCCCUUAAAUGCUUUUUACUGCUUGAUCACAUAAUACAUGUCCGUGCAAGAAAGGAGUUGUUAAUUGAAACAAUAAUGUUAAUUUUUGUUGUUAACUGAAACAAUAAUGUUAAUUUAUGUUAACUAGAAACUGUCUUGGACAUUGGUUUUUUCAAAUUAACUCCGUGUUGAACUGGUUCUUCCUGUUGUGUGCUGCAGCCCAGCAAUCUGUUCAUGCCAAAUGAUUGAGUCCUGGUGAGGUUCAUUGCUGGACAUGCACGGUCUCCGCAGGCAAGGAACACAUAAAAGUAAAUCAGCGUGUUAUCAGAAACUCAUGAGCAUGAAAGAGAAAUUUGGAUCAUGUGCGAACAUGGGUAGAGAGCAGAUCGAGGAGAACUUGAAGAUUAAAGGCAAUGAAAGGUCUAUACAUAUUAGCAUCCGGACCAGAACAAUCAAGUUCAAAGCUCUUAUGGUUGAUUGGAGGUUCCGUAAAAUGGCAGCGGGUAGAGUUCUUGUCCUGCACAAAGGAAGGGAUAGUUCCAUCAGUACAUGCUUGAGGAACACUAUGUUUGACAACCAAGAUAGGUUACUUCGGUAGAACGUCAGAAAAAUUAUAGCUGGGGUUAGGAUACCUCUCGAGAAGCAGUAUAUGCCUCGCUAGCACACAAGAACAGUCAGGACCAUGUACGAAUCGGACGAACAGUUGGGGCUAUGUCACACCACCAAUCGAACAGUUCCGCGCCGGGACCUGUGUCUCGCUCGCAGCCGCGCCGGCACCCGUGGGUCGCUGGAAGCCUCGCCGGCACCCGUGUCUCACUGGCAGCCGCGCCGGCACCGGGGGCAAAGUUUGAAGAAACAGGCCUCGCACACCUGAUCCGACGGCAAACUUUGAAGAAACAGUUCAAAUCCACAUGAUCCACAUGCAAACCUGGAAGAGUGGAGAAUCAGGCCUUGACUGCCCCGCUCAAAAGAUGGGAUUUGAAAAUUAUUUGUUGUAUAUGGAAAGAGAAAAAAUAUUAGAUUAAACUGUUGUCUAUGGAAGCUUCUCGUGACGGAAUUUUCCGAUAUGAUUCCAUAUAAUUUGAUUUGAUUGGUGUCGUAAAUUGAAGGGAAGGAUGGAAGCGUUGUUGUUUUA